AUCCAUAGAUUCUUUUUGAAUUUUUGAUUUUUGUCAAUAACUCUCCACUCCUUUUAUUCGACCGUGUUUAAUUAUCGCCGUAUACUAUUCAGUCUUUAAACACUCAUCCUUUAUGCAACCCUUUCCCCGCACUUUUAAAUAGAUCCUUUGCUAAUGACUUCUUUCGACCCCGCAAUUUCAAAUGCUACAGCAACACAAUCUGACAGUACCAACAAUAACAGCAACAUUAACAAUGCAAAUGCCAUUUCGAAGCUUGUAGCAGAAGCAGUAGCACAAGCAACUGUACCUGAAACUACUAAUCCUAAUGCUGAUGUUGCUGGUACUUUUCAACAUCAGCAUCAACAUCCACAAGAUAAUGGACCGGUAGCUGCUUGUGUUGACUCCAGUCCGGUGCAAGCUUAUGCCAAAUUGGAAGGUGACGAUCUUUGUUACUACGUUCGUAGCCUUCAUAUAACCUUAGGAAGAAAGGUAUCUAAUCCUGAUAACGUCGAUAUACCGCUCGGAAAUACAAAAUCGGUUUCUAGGCAACAUGCGCGACUAUUUUAUAAUUUUAACACUCACCGCUUUGAACUGACAAUUUACGGUAAAAAUGGUGCUUUUGUGAACGAACAAUUCGUUGAGAGGGGAGUGACAGUACCUUUAGAGAACAAAACAAAAAUACAGAUAGGCGAGAUGGCCUUUCAAUUUCUAUUACCAAGGAUGACCAUCAGUAAAUCCAAUCCUACCAACAACGACUUACCGCCAACGAUUGAUAGCGAGGAUUUCAACUUUAUAUCGUCAACAUCAACAACGACGCCACAACAAUUAGAAAAACGGAGCAUGAAAAGGAUGAAUAUUGAAGAUCUCAUUGACCCAACUGUAGCUACAAUGAUGACAACCACGGCAAAUAAUUUAGAAGGGGACACAGCCACCGCCACUGCUGUUACCAAUAAGAAUGUAAAACCUCCCUAUUCCUAUGCUGCUUUGAUUGCUCAGGCUAUCACUUCUACGGCAGACAAGAAAAUGACAUUGAAUGGUAUCUACAACUUCAUAACGUCGCAUUAUCCCUACUACCAAAUCUCACAAAAUGGAUGGCAAAACUCAAUUCGACACAAUUUGUCUCUCAAUAAAGCAUUUGUUAAAGUGCCCAGAAGUCAUUCUGAACCUGGGAAGGGGGCAUUUUGGACUAUCGAUAAUAAUGUAGAGCCACAAUUCAUGAGUGUAAUUCAGAAGAAAAAUAAACGAACAAACACAGCAACCCCACAGUCUAGUCUCCCUGCAACAGAUAUCCUGACCACCGCAACAAAAAAGGAAGAAUUUGGGAACGCCAGAAAAAAGAUUAAAAAGGAACAUUAUUCUUCGACGCCAACGUCGACAGUCAAAACAGAUGCUUACUCUGUGAACCAUCCUAUGCCAGACAGAGCUGCUUCGAAAGCAGAAGAUGGAGAGCAUACGAAGUUAGAUGAAAAAAUACCCAAUGAAACUAUUACUGCUCCCAGAGCAGCAACGGCAAUAGCGGAUGGAGAAUUCGCAACGAUUGUUCAAAAUUCUACUUCAACACUUGUAACAUCCAUCGACCCGUCGAUCGUUGUAAAUAAUUCAAUAGUUCCUUUUGAGAGUACAAUACCGCUGUAUGAAAAGGAAAACGUUACACUUACCGAAGAGCAACAGUGUCGAUCAUCAGGUACACCGCCACCGACAGCAUCAUCCCCAUCAUCAAAACCACCGCUUCUUAAACCUCACCUACAGCCGAACCCAGAAGCCCAAGCAAAACUUCAAGAGCAAUUACAAAAUACUAUUCGUCAACAUCUUCUAGAUCCUAUCCGUUACCCUUUACCUGCAUCUGUAACGGAAGCAUUACCUCAAGCUAUGACUCAAUUACCUCCUCAAUUAGCCUCAGCGUUGAACAGCAUCCUGAAGAAGAAAGAUGGUGAAACAGAGGAAGAAAAGGAAAAAGGAGAUGUCAGCGACAAGGAUACAGAUCAAAACAAGGUACACAAUAGUGAGGAUGGAACAAAUGUUCAUACUCUUGUUCCAACAGGCGAAAAAACUGAUAUUACCAUCAACAACGAUGUUAACCCCUCAACUGUUACAAUUAUGCAGAGUGAGGACGAUAUUUCUUGCGGAAGCGAUACUAUCACUAAGAAUUCCGACGAGAAGCUCUCUAUGGCUAUAAGUAUGAAUAACCCUAAAAUUGAAGAGGAUGGCAAUGGAACAAUAACUAAACACGAAAUUGAUGGCAACUAUAGCGCCUCAGGCACUUUGUCAAAAGAUAUAGUUUUGUCCGAGUCUACGGCAACCAGUGCUACAGCUAGCUCAAAGCAUGAUACCGAUAAAAAGACUCCUCCUUCAAAUUAAAAUGACUUUACCCGCACAGCCAUUUACAGAUUAGCGUGUGUACGCCUUUAUUGUUUUUAUAUAUGAGUUCCUUUUUAUUCAAGCUUGAUAUCAAUAAAAAUUCCUAC